CUAGAUCCCGAAAUAGAAACUUUCCAAUUAGUAAGCCUCAUGCCUUUGCAAUUUGUUAAAUUAAAUUUCUUUCGCAAAAAGAAUAGAAAUAUUAUGCGCAUUUCUAUUUGUGGUGAAGAGGAGAAACCUAUGCUAUUUGAAUUUGGCGGUCAUCUAUAUAAAAGUCUCUUCUGGAAAACUUGGCGUGAACGUGUUGCCACUAUACGUCUCUUACAUCCCAAUCUUUUUCACAUCUCCUGUUCUUCACCCUUUUCGAGUACUGAUGUCCUGGGCGAAGAGGAACUUUGUUAUGCUCAGGUGCAUGUAGACUCGAAUUAUUCACAAUCUUCGUGGAGGAAUUAUUCGACCAGUUGUAGUUUGUUGAGUCAAUAGUUUAUGGGAUAAAUGUAGAAAUUAAAUUUAA